CACUCGCUCCAUUGCAGAUAUUAUCUGAGUUAGUACCGAUGGGACAAGUGAAAAAUUGGCGAUGGCUGUUGGCUAUUGCAUUGCUGUUGUUCGUACAAAUCGCCAAUGGUUACCACAUGCACAAGAUCAUGGCCGCAGCUCUUCUCGCCAACUCUUUGCAGAGGAACAGUUUCUUACCGUUACCCAUUCCCAUACCCAUACCCAUCAAAGUAGGAGGAAAUACAAUUAUCGCCCUUCCAUCCGAAGACGGGGGGACUACAUACAUCCCGCUAAAAAGUUCUGGAAAUGGUUGCCAGCAGCCUCCCUGUUACAACAACUUUAAAAGAAGAGGAUUCUGGAGUUUCUAAUGAUUCCACCUAAUGCACCAUCAUCUCAAUAUCACUCUGGCAGUGAAGUUCAUUUUAAUGUCAUUAGAAAAAUGCAAAGGAAAUAUUUUAACAUCUGAUAAAAUUUAAAAAUUCAAUCAGUGAACAGCGAUAUUCCUGCCACAAAAAUCGUUCAAAAUGCUUAACACGGCAAAACUUUUGACAUAGGUUUAACGUAUAGUACUAGAGUCAGCCCAUAGUAAUUUUUUGCUUAAUAUGUGCACACCAAGUAUUAAUUCAAAAUUUUAAAUAUAUUUUUAAUGAAAUUUUUUUCAAACUUAUAAUAUUUUAAUCUUUAAUAUCAAAAUAUAUUAUUGCACGAAAAUAAUUUUUUUACUACUUUAAAAUUUAAGAAAUUAAUCCGUCCAUGUUACAAGUUUUAGAUUUUUCCCUCUAUUUUUAAAUAAAUUAAAAAUAUUUUAUUUAUUUUAUAAAAUAUUUUUCAGUGUUUUAGUUUCAGUAUUUAUACAAACGUCUGUUUCAGCGAUGUAUAUAUUUUUUAUGUGCACAUUAUGCUUAUUAUUAAAUUAAAUGUACUUUUUUAAUGAAAUAAAAUCAGAGGAUACAAUCCUAUAGCAUGCUACGACACAUCGGACUAGAAGUUCGAAUAUCCUUUAAAUUUUAUACUGUAUUGUUAUGUUUCCAAACAAAUCCCAGUUUGAUAACUUCAUGUGAUAAUCGAAUUUGAUAUUCGAUGUAAUAAAUAUAUGUAUUUCUGUGUA